AUGACUGAUGUAGGACGUCUCCGUCGAGCUGGGACUGGAGGAUCUCCUCAAAAUGUCCAGGUCACUCCCCUGUGCGAGGACGCGCAGGCCAACCUCUCUGCCUCCUCACAAGAAAUGGGCCCCGCAGCAGCAGCUGCUGCUGCCAUCGAAGGAGGUCAUGCUGGAAUGAGGUACAAGGAGGACGAGGAAGAAGCCGCCAACAUCCCCGUCAAUGCCUUGGACAAAGUUUCAGAUAACUCUCCUGCGAAUGGUGUAUCAAUGACUCUCGCCUCCCACCAGCUUACGCAGGAGCUUCUUGAAAAGGGGAAAGGACAUAUAGAAACCAACACGGAGGAGGGAGCCCACGCGAAUGACACGCGGACCAAAGUGGAGGAGAAGCGGACGGGUCCGCAGCGCGACGCAUGCAGCGCUGAUAGCCUGAUACACAAACAAAGCGCUAGAGAGACUGACGAGGACGACGAGACGCAGCACGGCCACAGCCAGCGAACGGAGCAAGAUCAAGCAAAAAUGGGCUCCCUCUUCUCGUCGGAAACCGGCAGCCCCGCUGCCGACGGCGAUUCCCCUAGCCGCGUGGUCACCUUCCGGUCCAAAGACAGGUGGGACAAGCACAUGGAAAUUGUCGGGAGUGACGCCUCCAUCCUGGUCGUGGUCCUUUUCUCGGCGGCGUGGUCCGAACCGGGCAAGAUGAUCGAGCCCAUCUUCAAGGACCUGUCCUGCAGCAACACCGACGCCGAGUUCGCCAAGGUCGACGUCGACGAGCUCUCGGAGGUUGCAAAAGCAUUUCGUGUAGAGGCGAUGCCGACCUUCAUACUACUGAAGGGCGGGAAGGAGGUGAGUCGCGUGGUUGGGGCCAACAGGAACGAGCUUAUAAAGCAGAUCGAACGUCACAUCUCUAAGCGGUCCGCCCACUGAUCGAAUACCUGUGCUCCAGAUUCGGUGCAAAGUCCUGGCUUCUCACACUGGUAGGGGGCUCCUAUGUUUUUCCUAUGUUGUGGUGGCAAAUACCCUUAUAAAAUAAAAUGCUGCCAAAUUCGAAAAGCUGUAAUAAGAAUCCUGAAAACCGGAAUCACCGGUGUGUAAAUGUGCUACUUCGGCUUGUCUUAAUAACAUUAUGCCGCUUCCAACCCUC